CAGGACGGAACUCAGGGAUGUGGGGGAGGGCGGAAACCGGAAGCGGAAGCGGCUCCGGGGUGGUGGCGAUGCUGCCCGCGGCGGUGCGGGAGCGGGUGGCGGCCGUGCACGGCGCGGCGGCGCUGCCCGAGCUGCUCCGUCUGUACGACGGGUGGGCCGCCCGCUACGAGCAGGACGUGGCCGCGCUGCAGUACCGGGCGCCGGUCCUGGCCGCCGCUGCGCUCGCCGCCGCUCUGCCCGGGCCGCCCGGCGCCGCCCGCGUGCUCGACGUGUGCUGCGGCACCGGGCUGGUGGCGAGGGAGGUACCGGCAGCGACCGGGCUCGGGCGUUGGGGAGGAACCGGCCGGGACGGGAACCGGGGCGCUGGGGCGCGGGAGGUGCCGGUCAGGUUCGGGGCCCGGAGCCCGGUACCGAGCGCGCCCCGUCCCGCAGCUGCGGCGGCGCGGGUUCGGGCUCCCAGACGGCGUGGACGGCAGCGCGGAGAUGCUGGCGCGGGCACGGGGCGCGGGGCUGUACCGGGAGCUGCGGCGCUGCGUGCUGGGCUCGGAACCGCUGCCCGCGCCCGCAGGGCACUACGACGCCGUCACCGUGGUGGGGGCCCUGGGCGAGGGGCAGGUGCCCAGCGCGGCCGUGACCGAGCUGCUGCGUGUCACCCGGCCCGGGGACACCGUCUCCAGCAGGGACACUUGCCAUGGGUGCCCCCAUCCCUUCUGGCAGGAGGCAUCCUGUGCCUGACGACACGGAGCAACCCCUCCAACCUGCGGUACAAAGCAGAGCUGGAGGCCACGCUGGAGCGGCUGGAGUCUCAGGGAGCCUGGGAGAAGGUGCUGGCACAGGAGGAGGAUCGCUGGGAGAGGGCCACCUCAGAGGAGGAGAGCACCCAGGGCACCGGCUACAUCUCCGGGGUGGUCUACAUCUAUCGGAAAUGCCCUGUCCCCUGGCUUCCCGAGAGCUGAGAGCCAACGUGGGUCUGCGAAGGGUGGGGUGAGUGCUUGGCCCCUUGGAAACCAGCCCAGCCAUCCCCCUCCUGGAGCUGAGGGAGACCAGGUUUGUUGGGGACAAUCAGAGGUAGAAUGUCACCGUCUCCUUGCCCUUGAGGUCCAUGUGGGCGUUGUCUGCUCCUCAGCAUGGGAACUGUCCCCUGGUUUCACUGGGGUCUUCUGGGUGCUACCAUGAACUAUGACAUUCUGGUACUGCCCCCCAUACCUUUGUCUUCACCACAGCAUCUCGCAGGCCCACCUGGCUCUUCAUGGCUAUCUCCUCUCUGGGGUGCCUUCCCCCCACCAUGUCCACCUCUCAGCCCUCAGUUAAAAAUCUACAUCUUUACCUUCCCAAACCCCCACGGUCUUCACCUGGGGACCAUUCCAUGAUGAUCCCCAUCACCAUGUCCUGUACUCUCCCAUCCUGGUCCUCCCCAGUAGCCAACCCAGUGCCCCCUGAGGUGCAGGAGACCCCAGUGUCCCAGCCAGGAGCAGCUCUGCCAAGGUGACACACAGCUGGAGAAGCUUUCAGACUAUCACAUCCUCCUUUCAUCCCAUAACUCAUUUUCCUACAGCUUUGUAGUUCGUGGUCAGGGUGGGAAAUGAGGCUGGAAGGGACUUGAGGAGCCGGUGGUUGCUCCCCACCCAGGAGCCUUGCAGAGCUGCCGGCUCUGCCUGUUUCCCCAGCCGUGCUGCCUCCACCCUCCUCCACCUUGGGAAGGUUUUUACCCAAAUCUCAGGCUGGGAUGUUUCCUCUUCUCUUCCCCACGCCUGUUCCAGCUUCUCCCGUUCCCACGGGUUUCUUCCCUCCCCUCAGGUGCUCAUCCCAGGCAGGAGGUGGUGUCUGUCCCUGUCCUCAUGUCCUCCGCCACAUCUCACAUCUCCCACCCUCGCCCUCCCCAUCACUCUUGCCAUUCCUCGAUGUUGUCCCCCAAGGACUCGGAGUCCCUGUACCCAUCG